GAUCGAUCUGUUACAAAGGUCAUUAUGGCACAAUCCAGUCAAAACUUAAUUCUUCAUCAAAAGGAAGCAGAUCAGUUGUCAUCGUGGAUAGGAAAACCAUGUCAUUUUCAGAUACUGUACAAAAUAAGUCGGGAUGGAUUGUCAGCACAAACAUUUCACAAACUAUGUGAUAACAAAGGUCCUACGGUAACUGUUCUUCACAACUCAAUCGGUAAUGUGUUUGGUGGGUAUCUCUCUGAUAGCUGGAAUUCGAACAAUUCCACGAUUAAGGACGAGAAAGCGUUUCUUUUCCAACUGAAAAAUCGGAAUACAUCCUCUGCACAAAAAUUUAACGUUCACAAACCAGAAAUGGCUGCUUAUGGGGUACAGUUCUGGGGUCCAACCUUUGGAGGGAGUUCAAAAGAUCUAUGGGAAGUCAAACCAAAUCAUCUGCAAUUCAGCCCUCAGUUGCUUGAUGCGCAGAAUUUCGAUUUACGUACUUUCUCUGACAAUAACAUUAAAUACGGAUAUCAAGGGGGGUUUCAUUUUGGACAAGGUAGGCCCUUCCAAAAUCAACAAUUAAUUAACCUCAAUGGACAAGAAAAUCUGGGAAACAGUUAUGAAACAUCAGGAUGCUACGCUUGUCCUUUAUCCGAGGGAGAUUUUAGGGUUAUAGAUCUUGAAGUUUAUCUUGUGAAAGCAAUUGUAAAAAGUGCAGCAAAACAGACAGAAUCUUCGAAAUCUCAACCUUGGAGAGAAAUGCCUUUCUGGAACGUUCAGUCUUUUCAAUCCUUGAAAGAUUAUAUAACAGGCUAUCAUCCUAUGGAAGAUUCUAAUGUACCAGAUGUCAAUGUUCUUCUGCUCGGUCAAGUUGGGGCUGGAAAAUCUAGUUUCUUCAACACAAUUAACUCAAUAUUCCGUGGAGAAAUAACCUCCCGUGCAUGUACAGGAAGUUCGGAACACAGCCUGUCAAAAACGUUUAGAAAAUACAGAAUUCGGAAUCCAGGCACUGGGCGGUAUUUAAAUUUAAAACUGUGUGACACUCGUGGUCUGGAGGAAAGUUUUGGAAUCAAGACUCAAGAUGUCGCUUAUAUUCUAGAUGGACACAUUCCUGAACAUUAUCAGUUUAAUCCAGCUUCACAAGCCACGCCCAAAGUACAGGGCUUUGUGAGAAAUCCCAAGCUUGAAGAUAGAAUCCAUUGUGUGGCUUUUGUUAUAGAUGCAAGCACCAUUGACGUCAUUACUGACUCAGUUGUCCAUCACAUUAAGGAGAUUCAAAACGUUAUUGUCGAGAAAGUUUACCUGACGAAGCUCGACAAGAUUUGUCCAGAUGUAGAUAAGGAUGUCACAAAAAUCUUCACAAGUACAACCUGCAAACAGGCCGUGGAUAAGGUUGCUGAGAUGGUUGGUGUACCCAGGUCACAUGUUUUCCCUGUGAAGAAUUACGAGAAGGAGACCCGUUUACACGUGUCUAUCAACAUCCUGGCUCUUACAGCUCUUCGACAGACUCUUGUGUUUGCAGACGACUUUUUGGAAGACCAGUACGAAAUUGGUGAUGUGUACUGA